AUGUCGACCGACACCAAUGCGCCUGGAUCGCAAGUCCAGAAGGUUGGAGACCUAGUGGAACGUGAUGAUGACACCGGCGUUAUGCAGGUCGAGAGCCUCUGUAUGAACUGUCCCGAGAAUGGAACUACUCGCCUGCUUCUCCUCCGUGUACCCUUCUUCCGUGAUAUAAUCCUCGAGUCCUUUGAGUGUCCGCACUGUUUCUUCAAGGAUAAUUCCGUCAAAUCUGCAGGCCAGAUCCAGGAGCUUGGAAACAAAUACACCCUAGAGGUUGAGAAUGAGGACGACCUCCAGCGCCAGGUCAUCCGCAGUGAUGUCUCCAUCUUCAAGCUCGAUUCUCUAGGCAUUGAGAUGCCCAAGGGCGAGAGCCAACUCACAAACGUGGUAGGCGUGGUCCAGCGGAUCCACGAGUCACUAUCGAGUGAACAGCCACUCCGCAAAACCGAAGCCCCCGAACUUCAUGACGCCCUUGAGCCUCUUAUUCAGAGGUUAAAGAGCAUCCUAGAUGGUAGUGGAUUCCCCUUCACCAUCUCUCUCGAUGAUCCUACUGGCAACUCUUGGAUCGCUCCCAACACCACCGACCGAGGGAAUAAAUACAAAAGAAGCGAUUACACCCGUACCCAAGUGCAAAAUGAAGAACUUGGCCUUGCCUCCGAUCCCGAGGCUGCCCGACACAAGAAUAUGACGGCCAGCGGAUUUGGAGAGCCGGAAGACGAGAACGACGAUGAAGACAAACAAAAGGCAUCGUCCGCCAUGGAUGACUUGCUAGAUGCUUCUAUGGGUCGAUGA